AUGCCAGACGAUACCGCCCAGACCCUCCGCCAGCUCAAAAUCAAGACUGGCGUCGUCAAGCGUCUCCACAAAGAAGAAUCCUCCUACGAAAAGGAGGUCGUCGACCAAAAGGCCGUAGUGGCGAAGCUCAAGGCCGAUGAAGCCGACGGGGCUGAUAUUCGAGCAGCCGAGCGAGUAUUGAGAGACUCGGAAAUGAUGGUCCCCCAUACCAGACGUUCACUGGAAGAGGCUUUCAAUGCGCUCUCAGAUCUUGUAAACGCCCUUGGCGAAGACGGGUCCGUGUCAGCCACGCAGGAAUUCCGAGACGCGUUUAGCAUCCUCCAGCAGGUUGAGGUCGACUGGAAGUCAGAGGGUAACUAG